AUGAAGUUCCUCAACGAGCCCGGCGGCGGCCACGCCACGCUGCUGCGGGAAGCGCGCUUCCUCGAGUCGUGUGCCGGGAACCCGCUCGUCGUCGGCUCCCACGGGCUCGCCCACGACCCGGCCACCACGGAGCUCUGCCUCAUCAUGGAGUGCGCCGGCCAGAGCCUCCACGAUGCCCUGCGCUGCCAACGCCCCCGCGGGGUCCCGCCGCUGCCCGAGGCCACGGUGCGCGCCGCCAUGUGGCUGCUGCUGACGGGCGCCAAGAGGAUGCACGACGCCCACAUCAUCCACCGCUACAUCAAGCCGCAGAACCUCCUCGUCGGCGACGACCAGAUGGUCAGGUUCUGCGACCUCGGGCUCGCCGUGUACAUGGCCGAGCGGCCGCCGUACGAGCCGGCCGGCACGCUGUGGUACAUGGCGCCCGAGACGCUGCUGGGGAAGCCCGACUACGUCGCGCUCGUCGACAUCUGGUCGCUCGGCUGCGUCAUGGCGGAGCUCAUCGACGGGAGGCCUCUGCUCCAGGGCCUCAACUACGAAGACCAGCUCUGCGCGAUCUUCGGCGUGCUCGGUAUGCCGGAUGACACGACCUGGCCGUGGUUCUCGUCCACGCCGUUCGCCAGCGAGAUGCCGGAGCUGGACAAGCAGCGGUGCAAGGGCAGCGUCCUCUGCAAGUUCCCAGAGACGAAGCUGUCCAAGGAAGGAUUCGAAGUCCUCAGUGGCCUCCUCACGUGCAACCCCGACAAGCGGCUCACGGCAGCCGCCGCGCUCAAGCAUCCAUGGUUCUCUAAGAUCCAAUCACCGGAGGUGCCAAAGACAGAAGAAGCAGUGUCGCCGUUGCCCAACCCAAGAGACCGAGGCUGCUGUGUGCGUGACUUAGAUUUCCUCUGA